AUGUCCCAGGAGAUGAAGGUGGAGCUGCUUAGGACGGUCUACCGUCAAAUGGAUAUCCGGCGAACAGGGAAAAUCAGCAAGCAGGACCUUGGGUCCAUGCUGCGCAAGGUGGACCCCACCGUCACGACGCAGAAAGUAGCGGCGCUCCUAAAGCAGAUGAGCACCGAUGGUGACGACAUCGUCAGCUUCGAGGAGUUUGUGGCGUUCUACACGAGAGAAGAGACAUCCAGUGAUGCAGACAUUGUCAAGGCCACCUUUCGUGCUUGGGACAAAGAUGGAAACGGCAAGCUUUCCAAGCGCGAGUUCUUCGGC